AUGAACCAACCACCCCACCCCCAGCAGCACCAGAUCCCCCCUCACAUCGUCGUCCUCGCAGACUCUUCCCUCGCCCUCGCCGCAGAAUGGGACCAGCUCCUGACCGAGUACCUCUUCCCCAUGCUCAGGGCCCUCAUGCAGGCCCCGGGCGGGACGAAGGAGCCUGUCAAGAUUCGCAUCGCAGUCGUGACCUACGCAGCCUCCUCCGUCCGCCCGUCCCCCCUCGUCACAAAGCAGUUCUUCGCAGAGCCCCAGAUCCUCCGCGACCUCCAGCUCGAACCCCACAAGCUCGGCAUCGGUCAGCACCCCGCAGCCCCACACGGCCUCGCUGCCCUCGAGGGCUUCGUUGCCGCCAUUGAGCUCCUCGACCUCAUACGCGAGUGCAUCCCGCUCAAGGACGGCUUCCCGCUGCACAUUUUCCACCUCGCGGCAGCACACAAGGACGCCGCGCACGCGCCGCGCUGGAACGACGCCCCCGCCCUCGACGGCGUCGCAUGGGACGGUCUCCCGGGCGAGUUGCGCAAGCGGAACAUCCAUCUGAGCACGAUAUGCGUAGGCAAGCUCGCCGAGUUUGCGGAGCUGUACAAGCAGGCGACGCCGGAGAGCGAUGCGACCCACCCAUGGUUCCCCACCCGCCCCGCGCACCAGGUGCUCAUCUCGGGCCUGUCCGCCCACCCAACGCACCCCGCGCAGCUGGCGCAUCCCAAUCAACCCAGUCAACUUACGCAACCCAACCAACCCAUUCCUACACAAGCUACGCUACCCGCUCACCCCACUCAGCCGACCCAUACUCCCGCACAUCUUCCUACUCAACCUCAACCCCCUCAACCUUCACAAUCUCAAACGCCAGCCGUUCCGGCGACGGGAGCUCAGUCAACGCCGCAAGCACCACAAGCACCAGCAGCAGCGACGGGAGCAGGAACAGGAACGCCGACGCACGCAAAACGCACGCACGAGCUCGCGCAGACCGAGCGCCCGCAGGCGGACGUGAAGCGCGCGAAGCCGUCGCCGGAGAAGAGCUCGCCGAUGGUCGCGCCUGCGGUCCCACCUGGUCCUGCCGGUGCGCCUCCCAAUGCGCCUGCUAACGCUCUGCCUUCGACAACGGGGCCGUCUUCAGGGCUGCCGUCAUCAGGUCCGUCGGCGUCUGGCUCGUCAGCAACGACGGUGCCCCCAACGACAGCGACGGCGACAACAGCAACCGCUCCCGGUCCAUCAUCAGGCCCCGCACCCACCGGCCCCUCCAAGCCCUCCGCAGCCCUCCCCGCCCUCCCCGCGGGCCUCUCGCCGCAGCAGUUCGGGCGCUACCGCCACCUGCUGGAGGCGAAGCUGCACUCGAUCAAGGCCAAGCUGGAUGCGCUGGGGCGCGGCGAGGCGGCGGGCGAGGGCGAGGUCGAGGCGCUGAAGAAGCAGUUUGAGCAGACGGGGCGGCAGCUGGUGGCGUUUUCGGAGUUUAUGAAGGUGCAUGUUGCGCGCGCGGGCGGGGUGAGCGGGCAAGGAGGGCAAGCAGGGGCGGGAGGGGAGCAAGCGCCAGCGCAGGGAGAGACGCCGUCUGGGCAGACAGCGCCUGCUUUGACUUCGUCGCCCGCACAAAGUAAUCACCCACCACCUCCUCAACCACCUCAGCAGCAAGACGCGCCGAAACCCGAGACAACGCAGACACAGCAGCAGCCUAAACCCACAGCGUCCCCCGCCCAGUUCCCUAUGCCACCACCGAAUCAAGUCCUAAAUCAGAGCCAAACCCAGAACCUGAAUCCGAAUUCGAACACGCUGGGCCAUCAACGACAGCGUAGUAUGCAAGACUUGCAGCGCGGCGUCGGCGACGGUAAUAACGGUGGUAAUAAUGGUGCCGGCGGAGGUGGUGUACCCGGAAACCCGAGUCCAAGCUUGAUGAAUCGGAUGCCUUCUGGUCCUCCGAAUCCCAAUACACAUCAGCAGGGCCCCGAAAGCCAAGGGGGGCGCAGAGGCUGGCAAGGGAUCUUCAGCUGGUCGGGCCUCGAUCCGAACACGCAAGAGCGGAAGGAGGUGCAGACGAUGGUGUCUGCGGUUUUCCCGGACGAGGCUCGCGCCAACCAAGCGCGACCCGAGACGUGGCCUACGAACCUCACGCUGCACCCGACGACAGACCGUGCGGUGUCGCAGCUGGACCUUCGAGCUUGGCUUGCGCGUUAUACGCCGGGGUUGUGUACAUUCCAGAAUGUGCCCCAGGACGCGCGACAGAACGAGGUCAAUUUCCGGUCGCUCAUCAGCUUGCUUCUGGCCAAAAACAUCUACGCGACAGCGUCGUGGAGCGCCCCGGGCGGCGCGCAUGUUACGCCCAACAUGCUGAUCUUCCCGACCAACAACAACAUCCUCUGCGGCGCCGUCUUCCCUUUGACUGGGAUCCCCGAGCUCCCGAAGCCCACGCCGCAGCCCCCCGUACCGGCAGGCCCGAGCCUCCCGAACUUCACAAACCAGAUGCGCCAGCAGUUCGCGCGGAUGACGCCCGAGCAGCGGCAGAACUUUAUGCUCGUGGCCAGGCAGAGGCAGCUGCUGUCGCAGCAGCAGCAGCAGCAGGGGCAGGGGCAGGGCUUUGCGCCCCCGAAUAUGAUGAGCAUGCAGGGCGCGGGAAUACCACUGAUGGGGGGAAUGGCGGGCAUGACGGGCAAACCAGGAGGGGGAUUUGCUGGCGCAGCGGGGAUGGCGGGUGUACAGCCUGGGCUGGCAAAUAUGAUGCAACGUUUUGGGCUCCCUCCGGGUACCAGCGCUGAACAGAUGCAGGCCUUUUUGCAGAAUAACUUUGGAGGUGGCAAUUCUAACCAGUUGCCAUGA